AUGAAUAUAUCCCACAGUCCAUCCAACAGCGAUUUGUGGGCAGAUCUAUUCGAGCAAUGGUUGCGUGAUGCAGACGAGCUUCUAGAUGAUGACGAAGAUCCACCGGCAUUCGAUCCGUCAGAAAUUGGAGCGACGCGCUGUUUGGCCGUUGAAGAGGUGGCCACAGUGCAAGGUUUUUAUCAAAACAUAACAUGCACUCCGCAGCCUGACGCCUUCAACCCGUGUGAGAAUAUAGUAGGACUUUGGGUUCUUCGCCGUGCAAUCUGGCCUGUUUGUACUGCUGCUAUUAUCGGUAAUGUUCUCGUUUGGGUAAUACUGGCACUGGCCUUCGAAAAACGAAUGCGUGUUCAUUAUUUGUUUAUGAUCAAUCUAGCUAUAGCUGAUUUUAUAACAGGUACAUGA